GGGCUGCUCGAACGGAGAGAGCGGCGCCGCGGCGCGAGACUCCGCGGCGGCGGGACGCCGGCACGAGCCGCCCAUCCGCGUCCCCGCGCUCCGCGGCCGCCCCCGGCCCUUUCCCCCUUCCCCGCUUCUGCUCCCCGCCCCGGCCGCCACCAUGCUGGCGGAGCAGGAGAACCAGGAGAACGUCCCUCCGGCCGCCAAAGCCCCUCCGCCCGCCGCCGGCACCCGCGUGGCGCUGGGGCUGCUGCGGGGCGGCCCGGCGCGGCCGGGGCUGGCGCCGCAGGCGGCGCGGAACGGAGAGGGCCGCGGCGCGGCGGCGGGGCAGCAGGCGCGGCAGCAGCCCUUCAGCGUCUACGUGGACGAGGAGCCCGACGAGGAGCGGCGGCGGCCCCAGAGGAAGAAGGAGCGGGAUGAGGAGGCGGCGGACGCGCCGGGGCCGCGGGCCGCCCUCGGGACCGCGGGGGAGCGGCGGCCCCUGGCGCCCCUGGGCAACGCCAUGGAGCUCAGCCUCGAUUCCCCGAGUAUCAUGGAUAUCUCCAUCACUUCAGAAGCGGAAGAGAGACCAAACGUUAACAACGUGCCGGACUAUGUCAGCGAUAUCCACACGUACCUCAGGGAAAUGGAGGUAAAAUGCAAGCCUAAAAUAGGCUACAUGAAGAAGCAGCCUGACAUCACCAACAACAUGCGGGCUAUUCUGGUGGACUGGCUGGUGGAAGUUGGAGAAGAAUACAAGCUCCAGAAUGAAACUCUGCACUUAGCUGUAAAUUACAUUGACAGGUUUCUUUCUUCAAUGUCUGUUUUGAGAGGAAAGCUUCAGCUUGUGGGUACCGCGGCCAUGUUGCUUGCAUCGAAGUUUGAGGAAAUCUACCCCCCUGAAGUAGCAGAGUUUGUCUACAUCACAGAUGACACCUACAACAAGAAGCAAGUUCUGAGGAUGGAGCACUUAAUUUUGAAGGUUUUGUCAUUUGAUUUGGCAGCUCCAACGAUCAACCAGUUCCUCACUCAGUAUUUCCUGCACCAGCAGACAAAUGCUAAAGUUGAGAGCUUAUCAAUGUAUCUUGGAGAGCUGACUCUAAUUGAUGCUGAUCCUUACUUGAAAUACUUGCCAUCAGUUAUUGCUGCUGCAGCAUUUCAUCUAGCAAGCUAUACGAUCACUGGACAAACUUGGCCUGAAUCUCUGUGCAAGGUGACAGGCUACACCCUUGAACAUAUUAAGCCUUGCCUCACGGACCUUCACAAGACCUACCUCAAAGCAGCACAGCACACACAACAGUCCAUAAGGGAAAAGUACAAGAGCACAAAGUACCAUGCAGUAUCGCUUAUUGAUCCACCAGAGACACUAGAUUUGUAAUAAUCAAGAGACUUAUCUUUUAAAUACGUAGAUGUAUAUUACAAGAAAAUGAUGUACAGUUUUUAAACGUGGUUCAAAGUUCUAGGUGUGAUUACUCAGAAUAUUAAUGCAGGUUUUGAUGAGCUUAAUUCUGAAGUUAGGUUUAUGUGGUUUUAAUGUAAAUCUUUUGUACAUGCAGUCUUCUUAAAAUAUGUAGCUAUGUUUUUAUAAGAAUGUUCUCUUGAAGCACAGAAGUAACCAUGAAGACCAAGUCAAGUCUGAGACUUAUCUAAUUAUAGACUUAACAGUAAUACUAGCAGUGUAUUAUUAUCACAGGACUCUUUCUCCUUCCAAGUAAGAGGGACUCCACACUGGUAUUUGUAGCAUUUUUAUACUCCUUAAUCUAAGCUGAGACUUAGUAUGACUGAACAGCUACAGUACUGGAAGAAACUGUAUUGCUAUGAGGAGAACACCUUGCUGAAAUUAACUUUUGUGAGGCUCUCUGGGAUGUGCUGGUUACUGGAAGCCCUGAUUUCUCUUUAAUGGAUUACGUGCUCUUCAUCAUACAAGAUUCAGUGCUCUGCUGCAGGAACUGCACAGCUGAAACUAGUAAACUACAUAUAGAAAGUGGUCUUACUGUAGUUAUUUUCUAGUUAAAGUGUAAAACUGAUACUAACUUUAAACCUGUGGAGUUCCCACUAAUGCUUUGGCUUUCCCAAUAGCCCAUCAAUGUAGUAAAUAAACCUACAGCCUGCUUACCUCUUUAGGGGUGGUGGAAAGAUUAUACUGCAGGAGAGCGAAUUACUGCUCUGCGUCUUGGAGAGGAGGCAAUGUCUACUAGGGUGUGUGGGCUGUGUGCAGAAUGGCACUAAUUCUGUACAUCCCUCUCAACUGGGAAGGAUUCCUUCUGUGGCAUGCAGCAAAAAUGUAAACCAAGUGAUUUUACUUUUCCUUAGUUAUUAGAACUGCUACGUGAACAAUCUAGCGUGUGUCAUUUGAUGAAAUGAACAUCUACCUUCAACCUGUAUAAAUGGAGUGAUGCUCCCUGUACCUACUGUUCUUUGUGUAUGUAAAGAAGUGAGCGCAAGGAGGUGCUGGAUUUAACUGAGCCAUUUCUAGGUUGGCAAAUAAACAAGUUUUAUACCUGC